GCCACUCAACUGGUUUGCCGCAGCCCUGGUAAAGGUACUGUGCGCGUUGCAAGUAAAUUUUUGAUUGUCUUGUUUUUGUUAACUUUGCUGCCAUCUGUGGACCCGAGAACCAUUUAUAUUGUAUAUCAAAUUCACAUUGCGCAACAGAACGCGCCUUGACUGAACGCAACGCUGUGCUAUCGCGAUUGAAAACAUGUCCGAGCGUUCCAAAGGUGACGUGUCGUCGUCGUCGUCGCGCGUCAACAACAAUGCAAACCGAAUUGUUAAAAACCCAUUGCUAAGCGCUUCUGUGACGGGUCUCACAUUUGACGACUUUCCCAAUAAGCCGCUCCUGUUGCCAGCAGCGCCUCCCGUGGUGCAUGCACCGCCUCCGCAACCAACGAACGCUCUCAUCGCUGGCAUUCUCAAUCGCGAGUCCAAAACGCUGGUGACUGUUGGACAGUCCUCAAGUAUUGAUGACAACGAAACGCUUGACGAGAUCAAUUUGAACGCCAGCAGCAGCGACGACUCAGCGACUGCAGCAGCAAACGCCUCGAUCAAUCCAUAUUUAAACGUAGGAGAUGGAAAUGCCAAUCCUUUGCUUGAGCCACCAACAAGUACAGACUCAUUGUUGAGCCAGGCAGCUUCCUCCUUUGGAGCGCUACCUUCGGUGGCAUCCAACGUUUUCUCGACCUUCUCGAAACGCAUCUACGCGGGCAACCGGGAGACUGAGGAGCAACAAUCCCAGCCACAAUUGGACAUACAGCCGACUUAUAUACAGCAGGUGGGUCAAGUGCCGCCUCCGGUUGCGCCGUUCUACGCUGCACCACCAACUGCCGUGGGUGAAGCUGCGCCAGAGCCACCGAAAUUCUAUGCGCCCACUGAGCUGCCCCAUCUAGGAGCUGGGCCCUCCUUGCCACCCACAUCAGCGGGACAGAAUACCUAUCGUAUUACCGCCAGAAAGAAACUCUACGCUCCCAUACCAGGUCUCUCCGAGCAACAACAGCAACAACAACAUCACCAGUCAGCUCAACCAGUGGCUGCUCCUUUUCAAACACCACCAUAUCCAGCAACUGCACAGCCAGCGGUUGCAGCAUUUGAGCCACCAGUACCUGCACCACCGGUGCAAGAAGAACGCAAAUCCGGCGGUGGUCUAUUUUCGCUGACCAACUUGGUGCCCACUGGAGUGUUGCAGAAUAUCUCAGGUCUGGUGCAAUCAGCCACUGGCAGAGCCACCAACGAACCGCCAGCUCCUGUUCCAGCUCCUGUCAGCUACAACGCCCCCAAUCCUGGUUACUUUGACAUUAGCACAUCCUCUGGAGCAACAAACUACUUUGCACCAGCUCCAGUUGGUGCUGUUCCCGUUGCUACUGAUUACUUUGUACCCACUGCUGCACCACCCGCAGUCGGUGGUUUCUUUAAUCCUCUUGCGGCUGCUUCUGCUCCAGAGGCAGUUCCUCCACCAUCCGUUGGCGGUUUUUUUAACCCCCUUGCUGAAAACGCAGCUCCUGUUGGAGGCAUCUUUAAUCCUCUUGCUGUAACUUCAGCUCCUGAGGCAGUGCAUCUACCUGCAGUUGGUGGUUUCUUCACGCCAGCAGGAGCAGCACCACCAACGACAGCAGUACCACCACCAUCGGCAGUAGCUCCACCAUCAGCCGUUUCCCAACCACUCUUUGCUCCACAAACGACAGCAGUACCACCACCAUCGGCAGUAGCUCCACCACCAACGGCAGCUCCCCCACAAGCCGUUGCUCAACCACUGCUUGUUCCACCCACGACAUCUGAACCACCGGUUCUUGGUCAGCCCCCAGCAGUAGCUCCACCACAAGUCGUUUCUCAACUGUUUGCUGCACCAACGUCGGUAGCACCACCACCAGCUGUUGCGGCUCCACCCCUAACAGUUGCUGCACAAGCGGCCUUUGCUCAACCAACAGCUCAACCACCACCCAUAGUUGAGACCACCACAGCGCUUGCACCACCUCCUGUGGCAGCAUCAUCUGUGCCACCACCAGCUGCUGGCUUAACAUCCUAUCGCCUGCAAAAGGGCACUCGUCUCUACAAGAGUCCGUUGACAGCCCAAGAAACUGCACCACCAACCGCAUCCUUUGGCCAACAAACGGGUUAUGCGACACCGCCCACAUUGACAGCACCAGCAGCCAUAUUUAAUCCCUUUGGUAACGUCUCGAGCACAGGAGUCGCUCUAUUAGCUCCGACUACAGCUGCAAGUCAGAAGAUUGAAGUAGUUCCAAGUGCCAAUUCCCUCUUCACACCACAGUCUACUAGAGCGGUGGUGCCACCAAACAACGCUUCAUUCUUUGCGCCAAUUGCAGAUCAGGGAGUUUCUCUUCCUCUGCAUCCACCAGCUGCUGCUCAGACGUUCCCUGAUGCAGCUCCGUUUGAAGUAAAGUCAGCUCAAGAAGUUCCACUCUAUGCUGCACCACCAACAAGUGCAUCCAUUCAGGGAGUUCCAUUAUUUUCCAGCUUCACAACUGAAACCACACAGGGUACCAUCGAACCCAAGCUAAAGGAGAACGCUUCCUUAUUUGCCGCACCACAAACAUCUAAAGCAGCAAAUACUUCAGUUGACUUUUUUACCAACUCAACAGCGCCAAGUUCACUUUUCCAGUCGGAGCAAUUAGAGGAGAAGAUCACUCCUGUUUCACAAGCAGAGGAAAAGGAAGUUCCGUCAUCAACUGCUCAAGAAGCAUCUAAAUUUGAGAGUACUCCAUUAUUUGUACCUGUGCCGUCAGCUGAGGGAGUUCCGCUUUAUCCACCCGCUGAGAUCAGCCAGGGAAUUGAUUUAGCUUUAGCUUCAGCUAAUCAGCCAGCUGUUGUGCCACCAACCCUAAACGCCGGCAGUCUCUUUGCACCAGCUGCCACCACAGAAACCCAAAAGGAAUCUACGUUUCCAGCUCAGUUUGCUCAGCCACCACCUGGAAUUGAAGCCACCAGCGUUGCUUUGACAACCCAAACAACAACCACAUUUUUCAAUCCCUUUGCACAGACUAUAACGACGCCGCUACCCCAAGAUUUAUUGCCACCACCUAUAGGAUUCGUGGCACCAGACGUUAAUCAACUAUUUGAGGCACAGACAAUUGAGCCUGUGCUGCCGGAGGCUGAGAAAGUAACAGCUGAAGCAGCACCACCGCCACCACCAACUGCUAGACAGUUAGAUACCACAUUGCAGGCAAAUCCAUUCCGCAGAAGCAGCGAAACAGUUCCCCAUCCUCCAGCUGCUCCUUCCCCAUUGCAAAGCUUCUUUACGCCAGCGGGAAACAGCAGCGACUUUAAUUUCUUUGCUUCACCACCAAAGGAGGACACACCCCAGCCAGCGGUUGGUCAGAUUCCACAGUUACCGCCACAGUUAAGCGUUGCACCACCACCAUUGGCAGCUGAACCACCAGCAACAGUUAAUUCCAUUGCCCAAUCCUCUCACACACUUGGCUUUGAGCAAUUAAUCAGCGAUUCACAGCAAAUUCAAAAUUCCAACGAAAUCGUCUAUCAAAAUUCAAGUGUAAAUUCAUUUUCUGGCUAUUUUGGAGGACCAGGAGAGGUCGCACCACCGCCAACUGCUCAACCCCUACCACAAAUCCAAUUGACAGGCUCCAACUCUGGUAAUUUCUUUGAUCAUUUUGCUGGCGGGGCACAGGGACAGGAGGACCAACGCAUACAGAACUUUUUCAAUAAUCCACCACUGCAGGAUCAACCUGCUGCACCUGGAGAACUCAAAUACGACAUUGUUCACAGUGGUUUGCCUACCAAACACUUCGAGGAACGCUCUCAGACAUCCGUCUCUAAUCUGGUUGAGCCACCAUCCUCAGCCUGCUCGGAUUUCUCCACGGCAACAAAAGGAGCUGUGGUACAGCAAUCACAACAAGAAGUACAACCCGAAAGUCAGCUGGAGGAUUUGCAGAAAUUAUAUCAGGGCGAAUUGCCCGAAGAGAUCCUGCAACAGCUGAGAAUGGCCAACGAAAAGGGACAUGCCAUUGCGCCGCCAGCUAAUUCCGUGGCUUACACACCUGCAUUGCUUCAUUGGUUCUACAAACGCAGUAUCGAUGGAAAAUUUGUGUGGACUCCGUUCAGUCAUUACGACUCGGCGAUGUUGGAGACCAGUCUAACCAGCGAUGAAUCAGAUUCGACUUGCAUUGUUCCCGUUGAGGGCGGUCGCUAUGAUGUCAACAUCAAGGAGCGCACCAAGACGCCCGUUUUCUGGGAGGGCAAAGCUAUUGAGGUGCGUCGCUGCUCGUGGUUCUACAAAGCCGUGGACUCCAAGUACGUACCCUACGCCGAAGAAACAGCAGCAGCAUUAGAAGCUGAAUACAAACGGGCAACGGAAACGGGUGAAUGGCUUAAGAAGAUUCCUCUGGCCAAUGGAGAGCAGGUGACAAUGCACGGUCCCAGCGUUAUUGUCCACUUUAUGCCACCAUCACAUGCGGACACUUGGGGUGGCACCGUUCAGAGUUCAUCGCGUCCGUUGGUCGUCAAACGAGAUUUAAAUGACUUUAAAAUUCAGCAAGGUGAAUCUCAGCGUGUAGAUCAUUUGCUGUUUAUGGUCCAUGGCAUUGGCUCUGCCUGUGAUCUGAAAAUGCGCAACGUCGAGGAAGUUGUUGACGAUUUUCGCCUCAUUGCACAACAGUUGGUGCAGUCGCACUAUAAGAAUUCCACGGACAUGGGUUUGGUGGGUCGCGUUGAAGUGCUGCCCAUUGAAUGGCAUGGACAUUUACAUUCUGAGGAACUUGGCAUCGAUGAGAAACUCAAAUCGAUAACCCUAGAGUCCAUACCAAGAUUACGGCACUUCACAAAUGAUACGCUACUUGAUGUGCUAUUCUACACAAGUCCCAAGUAUUGUCAGAAGAUCAUGAACACAGUGGCCGAUGCAUUGAAUGAGGUCUAUUUGAAAUAUCGCAUGAGACAUCCCGAAUUCAACGGUGGCGUCUCCUUGGCUGGCCACAGUCUGGGCUCUUUGAUACUCUUCGAUCUGUUGUGUCAUCAGGAGCCGCUCAAGGAAAGCGAAGAAGAAAAUAAGGAGAAUCCCGAUCAGCUUCCGCAGAAACAUAACCUGAGCGCGGAGCCCAAACAUGUGCAACUGCCUAACAAUGAUCAAAUGCUGCCCAAGCAGGUCAGCUAUGCAAUGGGUCUGGGACCGGCAGGAACUGGACAGCCUGUAAUUAACUACACACAGUUGAUUUUCCAUCCCAAGAAGUUCUUUGCUCUGGGAUCACCCAUUGGCAUGUUUGUGACCAUUCGUGGGAUUGACAAGCUUGGUCUCGACUUUCGACUACCUACAUGUCCUGGCUUCUACAAUAUAUUCCAUCCUUUUGAUCCGGUUGCGUAUCGUAUUGAAGCACUGGUCAAUCCAGAUAUGAAAGGCAUCCGACCGGUGUUGAUACCACAUCACAAGGGACGCAAGCGCAUGCAUCUCGAACUGAGGGAGACCAUGACACGUGUGGGAGCGGAUAUUAAGCAAAGAUUUAUGGACACAUUCAAGACCACAUUGGACAGCGUUCACUUUCUGUCCACAGUCACUAAAGUUAAGAAGGAAGCCGAGGAGUCUCUGGCAAAGACCAAGGCAAAGAACUCAUCACAGGAAUUCCAUAAGCAAGCUGAGGAACAAGAUGAAUCAUCAGUUGCCACCACAUCGUCGCAUGCCCGCAAUCGCACCGAUUCAGAGUCGACAACAAACUCAGAUCCUGAAUUUAUUGAAUUAGAUUUUCCACUGGGCAAACUAAACGACUCAAAACGCGUUGACUACGUGCUGCAGGAGGCGCCACUGGAGUUCAUCAACGAGUAUAUAUUCGCUCUGAGUAGCCACGUCUGCUACUGGGCCUCCGAGGACACCAUUCUGUUUGUGAUGAAGGAAAUCUAUGCCGGUUUGGGCAUUAGCACCGAUAGCCAGGUACCGCAGCAAUCCAUGACCAUUGAGAGGCCAAACUCACGUAAUAACAGUGUCAGUCAGUCGAUGUUGCCGAUGUGAGUUGACAAUUAGGACACACUGUUCGUUAUAGCUCGUUAUCGUCUAUUACAUCCUAUAAUUAUUACAAAUAUUUAGUGACAAUUUAUUUAACUAUGUUAUUUGUUAGCAAAAUCAUACAAAGAAUUUUUAAAAUGUGCAACUCUAACUUGGUUAAUGGUUUUAACAAAUUAAGAAGCCUUGCGUUAGCAGAAAACAAUCCGCAAAGGAUCACUGUUUGAGAAGCUUAACAGACAAUUUAUAAACUAAAAAUGUUUUUGUACACUAUAUAUUUAUACUGCAUAUCUACUAUGUGCUGUUAUUCUUUUUGUAAUAUUGCGUUUAUAAUAUGACUUUGUAAUUUUUAUGAGCGUAUGCUAAAUAUAAAAGUGUAUGUCCAACAA